GUGUCGGGCGUGCUGGACGUGAUGGGCGGCUCGAGCGAGCUGGAGCUGCUGGCGCGGCACGCGGUCGACUCCGACGACCCGUGCGCCACACACGACCACGCCAUGGUGUUCCACUCGUGCGUGUGUGCGGAGAUCCUGUUCAAUGGGUGGAAAACGACUAACGAGCUGCAGUUGUUUGGAUCGGCGGUGGCCAUAUUUGUGGCGUCCGUGCUGUACGAGGGAUUCAAGUACUGGCGCGAGACACUGCCGAGCCCCGCGGCCGCGCCGCUCUCCGACUCGCGACAGAACAUCGCCAAGGGUGAUUCUGCGAUGAGCUCCUUCAGGGCGGCGGCGACCUCGGGGGCGCAUGCGCUGCAGACGGCGCUGCACGCGGUGCAGUCGACGCUGAGCUACCUGCUGAUGUUGGUGUUCAUGACGUACAACGUGUGGCUGUGCCUGGCUGUCGUGCUCGGCCUCACGCUCGGCUACUUCCUCUUCGGAUGGCGGCGGAACUCACUCAACGACCCCAACGAGCACUGCCAGUGA